AUGGCGCAUUUACUCUCUUCACAUGACCGCCAAGCCAACCACCACUUCACGUCGUGGGGCGAGGAUGCGCAGAGUGCGCUGGACGAGACGGCCCUCAAUGAGGCCUUUAUGUACAGGCUGCGCAGGAUGGAGGCGGCGUCGCGGCUCACAGACGAAAUGAUGGCACAAGUGCGGGCUAUCGUUGACACCGAAGAAAACCCGUCGUAUACGAGGACGACAGAGGAAAUACCACCGUUCGCCAACAACGCAUUGCGGAGACCACCAAAAGGAGGCGCGGACGCAAAACUGGACGCGGGUCGGACGAUGGUGUUGGACGGGGUCACAAUGCCACAUUCGCCCGAAGUUGUCCUUCAGGAUGAGAUCAACCGGAAGAUACAAAAAAUACAGGAGAUGAGAAUGGAACAGCAGAGUGCCGCGGAGUCACAGGUCAAACCGACAUUUCAGUUGGUUGAGAACUCAAUGGAGUUGCCUGCUCCGCCGGAAGUGUUUACCUCCACUUCGCUUGCUUUUGCGUUGGAAGCUCUUGCCACGAGUGUUUCCAAAAUUAUUACCGCGACGGACAAAAUUUUAGUACAUCUUGCCUUGUUGAGCAGGAAUAACUCACCGUCUGUAUUCAAGGAGAUGAAUGUUUUCCUACUUUACUCAAAACAUGCAUGGCGCUGCUACAAAUCAGUGUUGCAGCACCUGAAGCAACAUGAGGUGUGUGCGAAGGCCUUGCAGGAUGCCACUUUCCAAGAGCUGAGUAGCAUGCGAGAGCAAUUCCUGGUUCGUAAAGAGAUGUUGACGGCACAGGAGCAAAAGCUAAAAGUUUCGGAGGAGCAUCUUAGGGCAAUGCGACUCCGGUUAAACAACCUUGAUGCACAGUGUCACAUGUGGUCAGGGGUGCUGCUUAAUAUCCCAACGCCGCCGCUUCUCGCGCCAUCACCGACCGCAUCGAGGCGCAUUUCCGUUACGCGUGAACGUGAAUCUCCUUCGCUUAUUCGAUCUCUUACAAACAGGUCUCAGAGUUUUGCCCCACGUGUGAGUACCGUUGGUAAUUUUCCCGCGCAGCGAAGAUCGAGUGUCCGUGUUUAUACUCCCUUAGUGCUGCCGAAUAUUGAAUCCUCAAGUUCCGUUUCCUCGACUGAAGAGGAAUUGGAAAGUCGUUUGGACAACAUGGAAGUCAAGGUUGCUCGAUUUUGGAGCAAUCCUUAUGUUAUGAAGGCACAGCAAUGCGCGGGGCGGAUUUGGCGACAGCGACAUCAGGCUCAGCAGGAACGGACACCGACCUUAAUCGAGGUCAUGGGUCUUCCCACGCCUUCGCGGAAGGAAUCGAUACACCACCUUGGGUCAUCGCUGCUUGUUGCAAGUGACUUGAACCGUCUGUCGGUGCAUGGUAGUCUAUACAAGGGAGGACACACCGCCGAAGGUGUGGACAAAGCAACGGCAGAGGCUCGCCUCAUGUCUUUGCUGCGAAGUCUUUUAAGACUGGCGUCAAGCGUGACCGGCCAGACUGAGGCUACUGCGUCCUCGUCGACCGCAAAGCCUGAAGAAGGCGAUGAUUCAAUGGAGCUGAGGAUGGAAAACGGAGAUGCGCCGAAGGUGACGAACUCCAUCGAGGACGCUGGUGCUUUGGCGGCCCAAAGCGUGGUCGUCGACGCUGCGGGUGCCAUGUCAGAGAGCGUCAGGAACCUUUUAAAGUUUCUUGAAGAAGCCUCCGUAACGACGACGUGA